UUUCUGUUGAAACUUCAAAGGCAAGGACAUAUUUAAGUUUUCAUUGUGAUUCCUGAUAUUUCUCUUAUCCCAGUUGUUCUAACUGUAUCAUAAAGCAAGUAUGAAAACAAUAAGAAAGUAAAUAUAAAUGCCUUUUACCAAAAAAUAAUAUAAAUGCCUUUCAAAAUUGGGUAAUUUGAAUUUGCAGAGAACAUGCGGCACGCUAAUUGUACCUGGCAAGUCCCAACAGAGAUGUUUUAUUUUUCUAUCUUUCAUACAAAAUAUAUAUACAAGAAAGGAAGGAAUGUGGCUUGAAAUAUGGGGGAUUCACAGUUUUCGUCUUUUUUUUUUGUAAGGAACAUAAAGAAGUAUAUUUAAUAAUAAUUAUAAACUAAAAGAGAAUGUAAGAGGAGAAGAGGAAGCAACACGAAAAAUGUGGAGCAGAAAAGGGAACUAGUUGUAUAAGAACGAGUUAGUUUUGAUUGUGCUUUUCAUAGAUAGAGUAGAGAGCAGAAGAAGUUAAAAAGGGUAGAUCGAAUGAACAGAAAUGGAGAGGAGGAAGUGGCCGAGAAGAGGAGGAGGAGGAGGAGGGAGGGGGUGCAGGUGUCCCUCAGAGGAGGCUGCUUGGCUGCUUCAGCCACGGCUAUUGCGGUAAUGUUGAUGGCAACAGAGAAGGGUGUAGCUGACAUCUAUGGCUUGCCGCUCCCUCUAAACUCCAGCUGGUCUUUUUCUCCCUCCUACCAGUAUGUGGUGGGGGCAUGCACGGUGACCAUUCUCUACUCCCUGUUACACCUCUGUCUAGGAAUUUACAGGCUCCUCACUGGAUCACCCAUCACACCCUCCCGUUCCCAAGCUUGGCUUUGCUUCAUCUUCGAUCAGCUCUUCAGCUAUUUGAUAAUGAGCGCUGGAUCAGCCGGUAUUGGAGUUACAAACCUCAACAAGACCGGCAUCAAACACACUCCUCUCCCUGACUUCUGCAAGACCCUUUCUUAUUUCUGCAAUCACGUCGCACUCUCCCUCCUCCUAGUCUUGCUCUCCUUCAUCUUUCUCGCCUCCUCUUCCCUCUUUAAUGUCCUUGUGCUCUCCACUCUCUAGUCUCUCUGUUCUUGUUGCUUUAUUUAUACUAUAAUCUAAGACAGACUCUAAUUAUUAUUAUUUAUGAUCACUUGCUUUCCCGAAA